AUGGUUCUUCGAAAACGUGCACCGCCGCAUCUCUAUAGUCUCAAUUUAGGAAAUGCUCGCUCUGAGCCUCGCUCUCCAAUCUCACCAACCUCUCCGACCGCGAAAUCAGCUACCUCGCCCUCUCCCAAGCGCCUGACUCGUCCAAGGAGGGCAAAAAGCUCUCCUCAUCCUUAUCAAAUACCCUCGGAAGAUUCUAUUUAUUCCCCUGAUCUCACUACUUCGCCAGCAUUCGACUUGAUGCCUCUGGAACAAGCUCAGAAGUCCCCUGUGGGGACUCUGUCCAGCGAUACCGCCAACCCAUGGGCGGAUGAUGUGGUGGAAAGGUCUGAUAAGACUCAUUCUGUCUCUGAAGAUCCCGCGGUCCCUGCUAUGGAACCACUGCACGGUACGACACUAGAUAGUAGAAGGGGCGAUCGCGUACCUUCGAUCGUCGUUGCGGGCACUCAGAGAAGGAUGGCUGCAAAUGAAUGGCAAGAGGUUAACAACAGUGCGAAUUGGGAGCCACCUAUUCAACUGCAAUCCAACAACCCUUUCUUGAAAGCGAAACAACCCGAUGAGAAUCCUUGGGGCUCGAACAAUCUACGACCAUCACACGGGGAUGGUUCAAGUGAUCGAUUGAGUCAGAGCGAAGGUUAUAUUCCAAUGACUGCGCGCUUGUCGCUUUUAGACCAGUCAGGACCUGAGUCUCCAUGGGCUGAAGAACGUCCAGAGGCAGCUACGCAGUCUUCCGCGUGGCAAAACAGUCGAAUGGACACUCAAAAUAUGGCUCCCAUUCCUCACGUGGUCCGCGAGAAUGGCUCGGCAUCUCCUUUCCAGACAUCACCUUUAGGCAACGAGCAUGGGUACUCGUCGCAAUAUCUGCAACAGACAGAUCAUGGGUUGCUUGCUCCAGAAAGCGGCAUUCAAACUCCUUACGCGACUGAUUCUACCAUGACGACUCCAUCUUCCCAUGAGCUGAUCGAACUCGAUGAACCCUCUCAUGCAAGCGCUGAAGGCGCUGAAGCCACUUCACAGCUUCAACCACAGAACAUCUCAGCCACGCCUGCGCCACCAUUGCCGCAGCGCCCGGACGGCUUACAGGGAAAUUCAACUCAAGCCCCACCACUACCAUCGAGAAACACUGAAUUGUCCGAAGUAGACGAGCAGCAGCAGAACGAGCAGAGAUCCGAGACAUAUUCGAUCCGACAUGUCAAUUGGACAGACCACACAGGAAAAUUGCGAGAGUCUCCGGUGCUAGUUCAAAACAAAAACGGGCCAUGUCCGUUACUAGCCCUUGUCAAUACGCUAGUACUGCGUGCGGAUCAGGGCUCGCAGUCACCAAUUGUUAGGGCGCUGCAGACCAAAGAACAGAUCUCUCUCGGUUUGUUGAUUGAGGCAUUGUUCGAUGAAUUGACGACUCGCGUGGGGACCGAUGGUGAACUUCCAGAUAUCGAGGCGCUCAGUCGCUUCCUGACGAUGCUGCACACGGGAAUGAACGUCAACCCUCGACUUACUUUGGAAUCGCAUGACGCCCCAGGCACCUUCCUAGAUACAGACGACAUCCGGCUCUACAGUACUUUUGGCAUUCCGCUCGUACACGGUUGGGUCGCAUCACCCGCAAGCGAAGCUGAUGGGGCACUGAAGAGACUGGCACAAUACUAUGAAGAUGUCCAAUUGCUGCCCUUUCGCAAACAGGAACUUGAAGAUCGUGUCUUUCGAGGGGAAACGCUAACAUGGGAGGAGGAACAAGUCAUGAAAGAUAUUCAGGCAAUCCAGAGAUUUACUGAAAUUGAGAACGCCACUCAGUUGAGCACAUUUGGCUUGGGCCAUCUUACCGAGAAAAUGCGCCCUGGAUCUUUCUCAAUCUUGUUCCGCAAUGAUCAUUUCUCGACUGUCUAUAAGCAUCCUCAGCGGCAUCAACUGUUUACCCUGGUCACCGAUGCCGGUUAUUCCAAUCACGCGGAAGUUGUCUGGGAGUGUCUCGUUGAUGUUAAUGGAUUCAACGCAGAAUUCUUCUCGGGCGAUUUUCGCCCCGUUGGUCAUGCUCCAUCCGGAACGGAUCCAUCUGGGCCGCGAACCUCCAGCAACAGAACGAACGUACCCUCUGUUCCAAGUGAAGAUAGAACAAGUGCAUUGUCUCCCCAGGAGCAAGCCGAUGCUGACUACGCCUACGCGCUAUCUCUUCAAUAUCAGGAAGAAGAACGCCGGGAAAGAGAGAGCAAUAACCAGUCACGCAGUCAACGAGCUUCGGCCCCCAACUAUCCCCCAGGGGCUGCUUGGGGUCCAGACUCGGCUCACCGACGUGCAGCGAGUGUAGCAAAUGGUAGCGGUAGUCGACACACGCCGGACAACCGCUCUUCAAGGCAUGGCCAAGGUCCUGGGCGAUCUUCUCAAUCGCGAUUCGAAAACGGUCGUGGCGCCAGCAACAACGCUGAAGAUAUCCCUCCUCCAUCCUACGAACAGGCGGCCACCAACCCAGCACACUCCCCACGAGACAGUCCUGGCAGUGCUUUACCUCAGGACGUCCGAUAUCAAAGACACUCGUUGGGACGGCGAGUAGCCACAAGUUCUGUUGCAGCAGGCCCAGCAGAUCGGGCCAAAGAUCGAAACAAAGACUGCGUGGUCAUGUAG